CAGACGGAGCUGGGUGGUACAAACACCAGCUUCCACGCAUAAUUGCAACAAACUAUUUAACUCAGAGACAAAGUCAACUAAUUCACUAGGUAGUGCAUUUCAUCUUUUGUUGCUAUAAAUUCCUUUUUACGCAUUGUAGUUAAGUGCGACUCUUUGCUCUGCUAUGGAGGACCCGGACAUAAGGCAACAGAAGCUGGACAACCAGCGAGCUCUUUUGAUAAAAAAGCAGCAAAAGAAGAGAGCAGACGCUCAGAUGGUGGUGGCCAAUAGAGACGCUCGCCAAAAGAAUCGGAAGCACAAGACGGUCAACUCAGAAGAGGUUCCUCUGUUGAUCUCUCAGUCCCUGAGCAGCACGUCUCUGAGUGAUCAAGUAGAACAUGCCCAUGACAACCCCCUGGAUGAGAUCACACUGGGUGAGGGUGACGUGAAUACGAGUUCAGAACCGGAUGAAACGCCUCCGGAGAAGCCUGUCACUCCCAAAACGAUGGACUUAGAGGUUGACCAAGAGUCUGAGGUAAAUGGUAAAGAAGAGAACGUAGCCCCCGAGGAGGUAAAAAAGACCAAAAAGAAAGAUGUGAAAAAAGACAAAACCAAACAAGCAGAAGAGACAGAAGAGGAACUAGAAAAGGAGAAAGAAAAGGAGAAGAAAGAGAAAAAGACAAGGAAAAAAGACAAAGUGAAGGAAUCUGUAGACACACAGAAGAAGAGCAAACAAGAACGUAAAAAGAAGCAUUUGCAGGUGGAUUCAGCCCCUGAGACAAAACCAGAGGUGAAGGAUGAAACUCUAAAGGAUAAACGCAACGAGAGCGACAAAGACGAAGAAGAUCCUCGGGAGCCCGAGACUCCGUCACCCAUGAAGAAGAGAACUCUGGAUACAUCGAGGUGUCAAAUAAGUGAUGAGAGCAAAGAUGAGGAAAUCCAAGAAGAAUCGGAGCGGAAGAAGGAGAACAAGUCAAAGAAAGCAGAGAAAACUCCAUCCACUCUGGCAUCGUACAACUCCAACUGCAGGGAGACGUCAUCCUCAGGCAGUGAACAUGAUGAAAGGGUGACUUCUCCAAUGUCCAUGGAGGACCUUGAGAAUUUUGCCCUCCGUCCCGCUCCAAGAGACGUGACCAUCCAGUGCAGGGUCACCAGGGACAGGAGAGGCAUGGAGAAGGGCAUCUACCCAACUUAUUACCUCCACAUGGAGAAAGAAGACGGCAAGAGGGUGUUUCUGAUGGCGGGCAGAAAACGAAAAAAGUGCAAAACAUCCAACUAUCUCAUCUCCAUUGACCCAACAAAUCUAACCAGGGAUACAAACUGUUACAUCGGAAAACUAAGGUCCAAUGUUCUGGGAACAAAGUUUACGGUCUAUGAUGGAGGUGAAAACCCAGAGAAAAAACCUUUCAUUAAAGAGAGUGAGUCAGUGCGGCAAGAACUGGCAGCCAUAUGCUAUGAGACAAACGUUCUGGGUUUCAAGGGUCCAAGGAAAAUGACAGUGAUCAUCCCUGGCAUGCUGGAGAACGAUGAAAGAGUGUCCAUUCGUCCAAAAACUGAGCUCGAGACUCUGCUGGUGCGCCAUUCGAAUGGAAAUACUGACAAACUGGUCACUUUGGUGAACAAAUCCCCAAGCUGGAAUGAGCAGACUCAGUCGUACGUGCUGAACUUCCACGGACGUGUAACGCAAGCCUCCGUGAAAAACUUCCAGAUCAUCCACCCAGACAAUGAGGACUAUAUUGUGAUGCAAUUUGGUCGUGUGGCAGAGGACGUUUUCUCCAUGGAUUAUAGUUUUCCUAUGUGUGCCCUUCAAGCCUUUGCCAUCACUCUCUCAUCCUUUGAUGGCAAACUGGCAUGUGAAUGACCACACCCAAAGUGCUUAACAAGAUGUGUAAACUACAUAGAAAAUGUACUAGUUAAAACUGAAGCUACACCCAUUAUUUAACUAUGUUGGGACUAUGUUUGAUUAUAUCCGCUACGCACACAACUUGAAACAUACCACAAAUGUGACAGAACAGUUGUUUUAUAGGUCCUGUGACUGUCUUUUUGUGUUUUUUAUUGUCAUUUUAAUUGAAAUACAAGGCACUACUACAUAGCUUUCCUUUCAUAUUUUCAAAACGUGUAUGUGAUUUGUGUAAUUAAGCUAUUAUUUUAUUUGAUAAGAAAUCUGAACUAUUAAAAUAAAAGAUUGAGUAUUAAGAUUUACCUUUUUUUUUCAAAGGUAAAAUCUUAAUAUUCAAGGUUAUUAAGGCAAACAUAAUUUAUUUGCCGUAAUGUCUGUCUGUUUAAUUUAUAAUAAAGUCCGUAAUCUUUA